AUACAAUGCGAUUAUCAACUUUUAAAACUACUUCAUAAAUGAUAAAAAUUCAGCGACUACCAUAUAUUAGGAGUCGGAAAUACUAGAACAGUGUAUGCUUGAAAUUCGUAAUCUUUUCAGUGACAUUGACGUCGAAUUGCUUCUUCCCAAAAACUAAUUGAACAUUAUCAAAAUGGCAGCACAGAAUCCGCAAAUUUUCAUGGGAAAUAUAUUGCACUGCAAAAGUCGCACGGAAAUGGAAGUAAUUGAAAACGGAUACAUAAUAGUUAUCGGAUCGAAGAUAUUGGCUAUUGGCCAGGGGAGCACCCUUUCCGAUGCAAAGGCUAAGUUAUGUUUGGGAAACAAAACGCCGGUGCGGACACUAACUGAGUCCCAGAUUCUUAUUCCCGGCCUAAUUGACACCCAUUUGCACGCUUCGCAAUAUCCGAAUUGCGGCGUGGGAUACGACAAGCAACUCUUGGAUUGGCUGAACACUUACACUUAUCCUACGGAAAAGAAAUUUGCCGAUUUGGAAUUUUCGCGAAAAGUUUUCAAAGCUGUAGUGAAAAAAUCGAUUACUUGUGGAACGACCACGGCGUGUUAUUUUGGAACAAUUUUCAAUGCAAGUUGCAAUGUUCUGGUAGAUACGGUUAUUGAACAAGGUCAAAGGGCGUUAGUUGGAAAAGUUAAUAUGAUCUGUAACGCACCCGACGAUUACAUCGAAUUACCUGAAAAAUCACUUGCUAAUACCAAAGAAUUUGUAAAAUAUGUGAACUCUAAGUAUAAUGAGCUAGUUAAACCCAUUAUAACCCCACGAUUCGCCCUAAGCGUCGACAAGGAGUUUAUGCAAGAGUUGAGUUUACUUGCGAAAUGCGAAGAUUUACAUAUUCAGUCGCACAUCUCCGAGACCAAGGAAGAAGUGGAAUUAGUUGAAAAUAUUUAUGGAACUUUCUACGCAAAUGCUUAUGAUGAAGGAAACUUGUUAACGAAAAAAACUAUAAUGGCGCAUGGUAUCUAUCUUAUGCACGAUGAAUUAAAGCUAUUAGCAAGACGCGGUACAUCGAUAUCUCAUUGUCCAGAUUCAAAUUUGUGCUUAAAAUCUGGAGCCCUUAACGUAAAGCAAUUAUGGGACUAUGGCAUCUCUGUAGGUUUAGGAACAGAUAUAUCUGGGGGCACUUAUCCAUCUGUAAUUAAUGCGAUGAGACUAUGUUUAUAUUUGUCGGUCCAUGUUUCAUUUUAUAUUAAAAACAUGGUUCCUUUAACCUACGAAGAGGUAUUUUACUUAGGAACAUUAGGAGGAAGUGAAGCUCUAUCGCUUCAAAAAGUAACCGGUAAUUUUGAAGUAAAUAAGGAUUUUGAUGCCAUUAUUGUCGAUAUGAACGUUGAAUCUGGACUGGAUUACCUACAGCCAUGUUCGCCCAGAGAACUUUUACAAAAAUUUAUCUACAGCGGAAACGAAACUAACGUUUUGUCGGUUUACGUUGCCGGAAAAUUAGUGAAGUAACCAAGAGAUAAAGUAAAUUUUACUUGACUAAUUCUAAUUUUAGAGAGAUGUUAAUAUUAAUUCGUAUUACA